UAAAGCACACCAAAUGCUAUAAUUUAAUUGGUUUAGCAUGAUGAAGAUGUAAGAGUUCUCAGACAAGAAAUCUUAAUGUCACGAACCACGGGAGCUGCGCAUGCUCCACAUGUGGAGCAGCAACCCUUACCUCGCCAGGAAUCUGAACCGGAUCACACUUGGAAGAUAGCGAACUUUACCAGAAAGCUUGCUCAAGCAAAUUCGAACAAUGACUAUGGUAGGAUUGAAAGUGAACCUUUUUUCACAAGCCAUGGUUACAAAAUGAAGCUUGUUGUCAAUUUUAAUGAAGCCCCAUCUGGUUACGCAGGCUACUGUACAUACAUGGGUGUUUAUUUAGUUUUAAUGAAAAGUGAUCGAGAUGGAGCCCUAACCUGGCCUUUCACAAAGCGUUGCACAUUUGUUCUUGUUGAUCAGCAAGAUGACCUUAGUCGAAGACAAAACAUUGAGGAUGCAAUAGUUCCAGAAGGAGAGAAUGCAUUCAAGAGAGCAAGGCAGCGCGAAAAUAGUGAUGGUUGUGGAUUACCACAGUUUGUUAAACACUCCACCCUACGUACUCGUCAAUACAUUAGAGACCACGCUGUAUACAUCAAGAUUGUGGUAGAUCAAUGAAAAAUAACCAUAAUUAUAUUUGGUGUGAAGGCCUUC